AUGGAUGUGGUUCAGAGAAAAGUGAACAGUAUGGGAAGAAAAGUUGCUACUUUCCCUUAUGUUGAAACUAUUGGAAGAGCUCUCUUUGCCUCCUCCUUCUUCCUCUCUGCUUGGAAUGAUUACAUGGAGCUCAUAUCAAAUUGGGGAGGACCAGAGGAUUACUGGAGACCGAAGUUUGGCUACUCAGGAGACCAGAUCAAGCAUCUUAUAGCAGUUAGUAUCAUAGUGAAGACGCUUGGUGGACUUAUCUUCAUUUAUGGCAGCUUCUUCGGAGCUUCCCUCUUGAUUCUACACCAAGGCAUUGCUACAAUGAUACAUCAUGAUUUCUACAAUCAUCGUGUCGACAUUGAAGAAUUUGGAUUGCUUUAUCUCAAAUUCAAAAGGAUCCUGAAUGAAACAAUGUCCUACGACACCGCGAACAAUUUCUACAAGUCAAACUUUGACGAGCAGCAUAUUGAAGAAGUCAUAUCAAAAUUCCGCGAGCUUGGGAAUCACGCGGCUACACACUCUUCAUUGUUCGGGCAUAACGAGUUUUUCAUGGAUCUCUUAAGCUUCAUAAAGGGAUUAGCCAUAGUAGGAGCAUUGCUCUUUUUCGUGGAUAUGAAGCAUAGACUCGAUAAAGCCAAGAAGCAAUCCAAAGUUAAAACUGAGUGA